GCUUAUCAUCAGCGGAGGAUGCUGUUACUGCUGUCGGUACAAACCGCCCGGUGGUAACGUUCACGGAGUAGCCGUUACCAGUUAGUGACCCCGGUCCGGACGGGUGUUCCCCCGGCUGGGCUCCAGCUCCAGUCGUUCCCCCGGAGAGAGGAAGGACCGCCGGGUUGACGCGCAGCGCUGGUCACGACAGUUAGCCUAAAACUGGACAGAAAUUGUGAGAGGAAUUGGAGGAAUAACAACCCCUACCUGUCCGACUGGAUUGUUUAAAUUGUUUUAAGGUCUUUUUCGGCGUUGUGGAUUGUUAAUUUCGUUUUUUUUUCCUCCGGAGCGGCUCCGUCUGGGUACCGAGGAGGAUCGGAGCCUGAAGCCGGGCUGGAGCGCUCAGAGCUGGGGAACCGCGCGGCUCUCAUCCGGUCCAGAGCGGUGCUGUUGGGGGGAGACAUGGCGGCACUGAGGCGGGAGGUUCUGCUGUUCCUGGCGGGCGCCCUGCUGGUCUCCUGCGGCGCUGCGCCCACAGACAUCCUGUAUCGGGUUCCCGAGGAGCAGCCGCCCAACACGCUGAUCGGCAGCCUGGCGGCCGAUCAGGGCCUGCCCGACACCGGACACCUCUACAAGCUGGAGGUGGGCUCGCCGUACCUGCGGGUGGACGGCAAGACGGGCGACAUAUACACCACCGACAUCCCCAUCGACCGCGAGACGCUGAAAGACUGCCGCAACCUGUUUGAUGGCGAGAAAUGCUUCCUGGAGUUCGAGGUGUCGAUCACCGACAUGGUGAAAGGGAUCAGCACGGGGCCGCGGCUGAUCGAAGGCCGCAUCGAGGUGCUGGACAUCAACGACAACACGCCGCAGUUCUCCUCGCCCAUCCUCACCCUGUCCAUCCCCGAGAACACGCACAUCGGCGCCCUCUUCUCCAUCCCCAUGGCGACCGACCGAGACUCCGGCAUCAACGGCGUGGCCGAGUACUCGCUGACCACGGGGCUGGACGCCGACCAGCUCUUCACGCUGCAGGUCGCCGUGGACUCGGACGAGAAGCUGCCUCAGCUGGUCGUCAUGGGCAACCUGGACCGCGAGAAGAAGGACUCGUACGACCUGAACAUCCGGGUGGUGGACGGCGGGAAGCCGGCGAGGGCGAGCAGCGCCCUGCUGCGGGUCACCGUCACCGACCAGAACGACAACGCGCCCAAGUUUGAGAGGAGUCACUACGAGGCUGAGCUGCCUGAGAACAGCCCGCAGGGACACUCCAUACUGCAGGUCAGAGCCAACGACGCAGACACCGGGACCAACGGAGAGAUCGACUACAGCCUCCAUCAGGCGUCGGAGGCCGUCCAGAGGCUUCUGCGCAUCGACCGCUCUACAGGCAUCAUCUACGUCAAGGGCCUGGUGGACCGCGAGGAGGAGAGCUUCCUCAAGUUCUUUGUGGUCGCCAAAGAUCGUGGACCCAACUCCAAGAGCUCCAAGGUCCUGGUGACCGUCAACGUCAAGGACCAGAAUGACAACGCUCCGGCGAUCGAGAUCCGUGGUAUCGGUUUGGUGACGCAUCACGAAGGCGUUGCCAACAUCUCUGAGGACAUGCCCAUCGGCACGCCGGUGGCGUUGGUCCAGGUGUCGGAUCGCGACGAGGGGGAAAAUGCGGUUGUGACGUGCGUGGUAGCCGGCGACGUCCCGUUUCAGCUCCGACCUGCUAGCGAGUCAGCCAACGAUCGGAAGAGGAAAUACUUCCUGCAGACAACUACCCUGCUGGAUUACGAGCGUGUCAAGGAUUACAGGAUUGAAAUCGUUGCCGUGGAUUCUGGGAACCCAGCCCUGUCCAGCACCAACACCCUCAAAGUGCAGGUCACGGACAUGAACGACAACACACCAAACUUUUCCCCUGCGUUGCUCGAGGUGGACUUUGCGGAGGGCAACCAGCCAGGCGACAAGGUGCUGGAUGUCACGGCGACAGACGCAGACAGCGGCACCAAUGCAGAGCUGGUCUACAGCAUCAUCGAGUCCCAUGCCACCAGGCUCUUUGAAAUCGAAGCCAACACAGGAGAGAUUCGUGUGAGGAACCUGCUGGACCGGGAAGAGACGGAACGUUACGAAUUCCGUGUGGCAGCAGCGGACAAGGGCCUUCCUAGCAAAACUGGCACUGCUACGAUUGUGAUUAACGUUCUGGACCGCAAUGACAAUGACCCCAAGUUCAUGCUGAGCGGCUACAGCUUCUCAGUCAUCGAGAACAUGGCUCCGCUUAAUCCUGUCGGUGUAGUGACUGUCACUGACGCGGAUAAGGGCGAGAACGCCCGAGUGAGGCUGUUUGUGGAGCCGGACAACGGCAAGUUUGUCAUCCAGAACGGCACGGGGACGAUCCUGUCCAGCAUCUCAUUCGACCGCGAGAAGGAGAGCACCUACACCUUCCGCCUGAAGGCUGUGGACGCCGGUGACCCACCUCGAUCCUCCUACGUGGGUGUGACGAUCAAUGUCCUGGAUGAGAAUGAUAACGCCCCCUACGUCACCAAACCGGCAAACUCCUCCUACGUAUACAUGUCACCCGUCACCCCGCCAGACACCAGGGUGGAGACCGUAAAGGCCGAGGACAUUGACUCCGGACCCAACAGUGACCUCGUCUACACCAUCACAGGAGGAAACCCGUACGACCUGUUCGACAUCUCGCCCAGCAGCGGGGAGAUCAAACUGAUGCAGGAGUUCACCGGGAAACACAACGGGCUGCACCGCCUGGUGGUAAAGGUCAGCGAUAAAGGCAAACCUCCCCGCCACACCACCGCCCUCGUCCACGUUUUUGUCAACGAUACCAAGUCCAACGUCUCCCUCAUCGAGGCGUUGGUCGGGCACAGCCUCUACACCCCUCUGGACAGGGACAUUGCGGGAGAUCCCAACUACGCGCUCGCUCAGCGCAGCAACAUCCUGUACGGCAGCCUCGCGGGCAUCGCCGGUGUGAUUCUGGUCAUCGUAGCCGUCGUGGUCAUCCGACACCGACUGCAGAAGGACACAAAGAGCGGUUAUCAGGCCGGCAAGAAAGAGAGCAAGGACCUAUAUGCGCCCAAGCAAGGCCCCAAAAAUGGCAAAGGGAAAAAGAGCAAAAAGGGAAAAGCUCCCAAACCGGCGAAGCCACUGGAGGAAGACGAGGAGGCCAGCUUGCAGAAGGGCCUCAAGUUCAACCUCAUCAACGACACCGUAAACGACAGUCCCAGAAUCCACCUGCCCCUCAACUACCCGCCGGGAAGCCCCGACUUGGGCCGCCACUACCGCUCCAACUCCCCCCUCCCCUCCAUCCAGCUGCAGCCUCAGUCGCCCUCCGCCUCCAAGAAGCACCAGGCCGUCCAGGACCUCCCCGCCACCAACACCUUCGUGGGAACGGGCGACAACAACUCCACAGGCUCCGACCAAUACUCGGAUUACAGCUACAAGGCCAACCCGCCCAAAUACAGCAGCAAACAGCCCCCCCACCGCCGAGUGACCUUCUCCACAGCCAAUCAGGCGCAGGACCUGCAGGACGCGUCCCAGCACAGCUACUAUGACAGCGGCCUGGAGGAGUCGGAGACGCCCAGCUCCAAGUCGUCGUCGGGGCCACGAAUCGGGCCCCUGGCGCUGCCAGAGGACCACUACGAGCGGACUACGCCCGACGGCAGCAUCGGCGAGAUGGAGCACCCGGAGAAUGGUGGAGCGUCGUCGAGCGCCGAGCCGGAGAGAGGGGCCGGACAAAAAAGACUGCCUUAAGACAAAACUAAAGACACACAGAGCAUCUAAAGCUUUUUUUCUUUUUUUCUCCUCCAAUUUACAAAAAGAAAAACAGAUUAAGUCCUCAAGCUUUUUUUCCCUCUCUGCUGCAGUUCUGAGGAUUUUUUUCUCUUCUCUUCCCUCCUUGCCUGUGGUCGUGAACUGCAUUUUUUUUUUUGACUUCAUGUUGCACAUUCUUGGUACGAGUUUCCGUCGAGGAGAAUCAAAUCACAAAAAAAUUUAAAAAAAAGAUGAAAGAAAAAGCAUUUUUGUUGGAGAAAAUGUCCCGAAUAACAAGGAAUUUAAUCGUGUUUUGGUUCUUCUGGGCUCUUGUUUUUCCCUCCACGUUUUUGCUAGGCCAUUCUUCGGGAGGUGGAUUUGUUCUUCUUCUUUUUUUGUGUGGAUUUAACCGAAGCCUAAGUGGACUCGUCACGACCGCAGUGGAUUAUUGGCUCUCCGCUUUUGUUUUUUGCUCUUGUUGCCCUUUUUCUUCAGCUGUUUUUGCAACGUGAGAACUGUAGUUCCACUUUGUUUCCCCCAGUGUCACAUUUUAUGGGCGAUUCAAGCCCUUUUCAGACAUUUUUUUUCUUUAUUUUCUUCUUGGUAGCCCUGGUGCCUGUAGUUGAUGAUUGACAGUCAGGGUUCGGAGGACAGAGUGAAUGGCAGAUAAUCAGCCGACCCGCCUCCAUCCUCUCACCGGCCAAUAGAAACUCUGGUAGGAACUGACAGGAACUGUCGCAGGAAAUCUUUUUGGUGCCCAUAGUCUCAACUCAGUCAUUCGUCCCUACUCGAUCUACACAUUUAAGCUAAAGUUAAGGGAGUCUAAUAUUUUUGGGAGAUUAUCUUAUCAUCUGCUGUUAAAAGCCAGAGUCAGAUGGGAAUAUCAAUUUCAUCUCUGUGCGUCCAGGACGUGUUUAGCAUAGCUUAACAACAAGACUGGAAGCAGGAGGGGGAAACUUCUAGCUAAGCGUAAUCAAAACUGAAGAAAUACAAAGAGCCGGCACUGGGCAGCAUAUCACAGACAUGUCAGAAUUUGCUUUUAACUGCAAGAAAGAAAUGCCAAAGAUAUGUUUACAGUAUUAAUACAUUGUUCGUCCACUAGAGAGCGCUGAAAUAUCACCUGUCCAAUGUACAAAGGUUCACAAAAGCACGCACAUCUAGACGAUAAAAAAGGUGCUGGACAAAAGAUGUAAAAAUAGAGUCUGCACGCUAGAUAAUGGUCCCAUAAACAUAACAUAGCUGGUAGUAAUUACAUAUAUGUUUACAGGAGCAUUCUCUAGUGUGUGGACUCUUUAUUUCCGUCUUCAACUGUCAUAUGUCCCCCUCAGCUCAUAUGUUGGCCAAAAUUGCUUAAUAACCAAAUUUAAGGAAUCCUUAUAACACAAUUUUCUUCAUUUACUGGGUUUAUGAGCUGUAUAAAGCUUCUUUAUUGCAUCUACCAAGUCUGAUUUCCUGUAAAAAUUCCAUCCAUUCAUCAUUCAAAUUUGGUGUUUUAAUGACAAUUCAUUUUUGUUUGAGGUUUCAGAGCAUUUUUUCUUGUAGGCAUGGCCUAACUGACAUAAACAUGCUUCUCAUGUAACCAACAACUACAUGAACUCCCAGCACUAGGGUUGUCAACUGUCCCUUAUUAGCCGGGACGUUCCCUUAUAGUGGGCCAAAUGUAUUUGUCCCAUACGUGACCUCCCUUGUCCCGUUUAAUGACGGAUCUAACCACUGACUGACACAACAGCAGACGACACGCGUCAUCAUCAAAUCACAGCGCAUCGGUAUAUUUAAGUAAAUGUGCCAAUUCUUCCGCACGAAAAAGAAAAUUAGGGCAAUAUGUGAUGCUAUUCAGUCGAUUUGGCAUGUGGAAA